UUAAAGCAUCACACUGGGGAUUGCUAACCUGACAAGACAGAAUUGUAACACAGAAUAACGUAGAUUUGUAUCCAACUACCGUGCAAGGUCAAACAAAUAUCCUGACAUUGCUCUCAGCGGCCUGGAUGAAUAGAGCCUAUGUUCAGCAGGAUUGAUCAGAGGUUAGCUGCAGUUGUUGUCGUCACUCGCCAGGCCUAAUAAAAGGAGGAAGGAGGAAAGCAGGGUCGGGUGACGUCAAGAAGAUUGGAUUUGCUGACCUUGCAAAUAACUUGAUCUAGUUAGAAAAGAUGUUGUGUCUAUGUACCCAUUCAACUCUGAACAGUUGUCCAGUCUUCUGAAGUACUGGAGAAUGUCACCAGCAGGCUACCAGCCCCACAGCUGACCUUUGGCAGAGAGAGAGAGAGCAGGGAGGAGACUUCUCUGCCUUCUCAUGCAGCCUGCAAGUCUUCCUCCUGAUUAGCUAGGCAUGUGAUUAGCAUUGCCUCCAGCUCCCUAGCCUGGCUCCCUGUCCUGCCCUGCAGUCAGUCUGCCAGCUCUUCUGAUGGAAUAGUCGGCCCCUGCAGGCUACUCCCUUCACAACUCCAGCAUCAAGGGCCCAGACCUAUCAGCAGCCAACCACGGCCCGCCGCUCCACCAUGAUGCCCGGCAGCGCCCCGGGAAAGAAGCUGGACCUCUCCAAGCUCACGGACGAGGAGGCCAAGCACGUUUGGGACGUGGUCCAGCGGGACUUCGACCUGAGGAAGAAGGAGGAGGACCGGCUUGGUGACCUGAAGACUAAGAUUGAGAAGGAAGACAGUAAGAUCGAGCUCCUGGGCAAGCAGAGCAGUUUGUCGGAGUCUCACUGCAUCCGCUGCCUCCAACCAUUCAAGUUCCUGGUCAACAGCAAGCGGAAGUGUCUUGACUGCCAGCUUUUCACCUGCAAGGCAUGCAGCCGCUACAACAAGAAGGAGCUGGGCUGGGUGUGUGACCCCUGCCGCAUGGCCAGGGUGCUCAAGAUCGGCACGUUGGAGUGGUACCACGGGAACGUGCGCACGCGCUUCAAGCGCUUCGGCAGUGCCAAGGUGAUGCGCUCGCUUUUCAAGAGGCUGAGUGGGGAGCACUGUUCGCCGAGGGAGCUCAGAGAGGACUAUGAGGAAGACAACCUGGACGGCUCGGAUGCCCAGCGAUGCAAAGAGAUGAGGAAGACCAAGAGGAUCCUUUCAGUCCAGCACUACGACCUGGACCUGGACCCGGACUACUCCAUCACCUCCAGGAGGAACUCCUUUAAGGAGCUGAGGGGCCAUGACGUGACAGCAGGGGGCGAGGGGGAGUGCGGGGAGCUGGACGAGGCGGACAUGAGCUCGGUGAUCCAGCAGGUCCUGGAGGGGCAGCGGGACGGCCCGCCGAACCACUACAGCAGCGAGGUCCAGCUGGACUUCAGCCGCAGGAUCAGCCUUGGACGAGCACCGCACCCAGACGACAUGGUGUGCCCGGACACUCGCUCCGCAGGCCUGCGCCCGGUCUCCCGCCUCAGCCACUCCUCCUGCGGGAGUGGGGGGGGGCCGUACUCGGUCACCAGCUACCCCCUGGAGCCCUACGACUCGGAGGAGGAGGAGGAGGAGGAAGACCCCCGCUACCUCCUGGACCAUCAUCAUCCUCAUCAGCAUCUCUCUCAUUACCGUGGCGACAGCCCCGUCUACCAGAACAGCCUCGACUCGCCCCAACCUCCGCAGAUCAAGGAGCUGAACCGACGGAUGUCAUUGGUCGAGGGCAUUUUGAACAGCUUGGAGCGUAAGGUGGUCUCCCCCAGCGAGCAGCCCAGCCAGGCCCCCCGGGUCCCUGAGUCCCGGCCACCGCCCCCCCCCUCGGUCCCCCCCUUCUCUGAGGACCUGGAGGAGCAGCAGCUGAGACAGAAGCUGGACCAGCUGACGCGAGCCAUCAGCGACAACGGCCUGACCUCCGACGAGGAGGAGGAGGAGGAGGACGAGGAGGACGAGGAGGACGAGGAGGAGGUGGAGGAGGAGGAGCUCUCCAUCCCCCGCUGGAGGAGCCAUGUGGGGCCGAAGGCUGAGGGGGCCAGUCAGCCGCUCCCCUCCUCCACCUCCAUCUCCUCUGUGGAGGUGCAGCUGCUCCAGCCAUCCCACGCUCACAAGCUCAACCCUCCGACAGAGGGAGCAGGGAGGGGCUCGCGGCCCACGGAGGAGGCCUCCGAGGCGGGCUUCAGGGGCUCCAGCGCCCUGCUCUUUGAGCUGGAGGACAGGGUGGCCCAGGCCGCCGCCAGCGUCCAGACCACCCGGACACAGGUUUCGUACAUCGAGAACCGCAUCGCGGCGCUCGGAGCAGCUGGCAUGUCUGUGGACACGGGCAGGAGGAGAUCUGCAAUCCCAGUUCCAGUGACAAGACGACACUCGCAAGGUUUUCCGACAAGCCAGGUGGGCAAGUUUGUGAGAAACUCAAUCUACACAGGGUCCCUAACCCAGCGCAACCCUGUGGCUAAGCCCCAGAGAGGGGCACCCUGUGCGAAACCUGUGAUGUCUCCGUGUCAAUGAGGAGGAAACUCAGCAUUAUAUGAAAGUGGUUCAUCUGGCUGUGAUGUGACUGUUUGUCCCGGCUCACAUCCAUACCGUACGGGUAGCCGUGUGCGGUGCAGUGGCCUUUGACCAGUCGCUCGCUCGUCCGUUCACAGUUACUCUCUUAGUCAAACAAAGUCCACUGUUAUGUUGUGCUGUUUUGAAGGUUGUAUCAGCGAUUUUAGGCCGAAACAUAAAUUAUCACAUUAAUCGUAUAUUUUCUCACAAUCCACUAGCUGGUAGCCCCAUAAGCAGGCCGUCAAAAAACGCGUCUCUGUAGGCAGCCUAUGCUCAGAGAUCGUACAAAAAAAUAAAUGGUACUACCAACACCUCAAAACCAAAAUAAAUAGUAUUCCAACCAAUCACCGACAAGGGGUGGGUGUUGUGGGGUUUUGCGCUGUGUUCAUGAUAGAUAUUCUGGAUGCACGAAACAUGGAAAGGAGGGACGAGCUGGCUCUGUUUGUUUGGGAUCUCGCUUCAAGUACCAACAUAAUUUACAUCACACAACAUCGCUGAUACAAUCUUUAAUAUAAAAAUGCUGAUUGUGGAUGUUUUUAUCCAUUCCUAUUGUUUAAGGAAGAACUCAGUAUUAAGGCUAUCUCAUUGACUCCUUAUUUAGAAAUCAAUCAUAUACUGUAAACCAAUCACUUUUCAGAAUUUAAAUCCCUCUUGGUUUUGUUUUUGUUUAAUAUUUAGCUGACCAAAAAAAUACCAAAUACAGAGCUAACACCAAACACAACUUUGUUCAUGAACACAAUGCAAGUAUAAUAACAAUACCUGUGCUGUAGCAUGCUUUCCUGCAUAUCUAUACCAAAGUGAUUUUUUUCAUACAUUUUGUAUUGGGAGAAGUUUAGGUUUGUAUAAUUAAACAUGUUAAACAUGAUUUUGCAGCGGCAAUAUUGACAGGAUAUUUAAGAACCUUUAUGAUAUGAACUGUACUAUAUCCUAAAAUGAACGUGAUAUGUCAUCAGAUAUUAACAAAGCAGUCUAAGAUGAUUUUUUUUUCUGUUUUCUCUGAACAAAAUGCUUAUUAUUUGCAAACAAUAAAUACAUUGCAAAAGUA